AUGAUGGCGUUAGACUCUCAACGCAUAAUAGAUUGUAAAGAAAAGGGCAAUGACGCAAGGUUCCUCAAUCAUUCAUGCAGUCCGAAUUGUAAGGUGGAAACAGUGUACGUUGUGGUAAACAGAACGAAGCGUCCAAAUGGUGUUACGGUGAAGUACGAUAAGCGGAUAACAAUCUAUACUAUAGAAGACGUACCUGCAGGUACUGAGCUUUGCUUCAACUAUCAGAUGACACAGUAUAACAUUGGCUGUCCACUACCCGACUGUAAAUGUGGAGCUCCAAAUUGCACCGGCACGUUAGGAGCCACAGCUCAUGGAAAAUUAGAGAAGGCAGGCCAGGAGUUGGAAGCUGUGACCGUGGACUCCCAGAAAUCAAAGAAAAAGAAGCAAAAACGCAAAGCUGCUUCUUCUCCCGCUUUACCGGAAAAGAAAAGAUACGGAUCAGUUCACAUUUUGCAUACACAAACUCCGGGCAGCGCUAGUCGUGGUUGCAGGGUCAUUAACGGGUUCAAAGAGCCGAUUUCUGAAAUCGUGGAAGACGAAAAGCUGAAGAGAGCGCUUUUGAAUGGUGAAGCGUUAGAAAAACUCUCUGAUACCAAGCCUUCACAAAAAGUUGUUAAUGGUCUUAGAAAGAAUCGGCGGAUAGCAGCAGAAUUGUCCUCAGUUAACGUUAUUGUGUCAUAA